GGGUCCAGCGGGCAGCAACAGGCAAGCAGGCUGCUCAUCAUCAUCAGUUUGAACCUCGGCGUCGAGGAGCGUGUGAGCAGUCGUCCGUCCCGCAGCUGCUGCUCCUCCACCACGAACACCGACCCGUGACAGGACCGACCACCGGGAGGCACAGCUCCGUCCGCGACAGCGCACACGCACACUGGCCUCUGGCGUCUCUCCGCGUUCACACGCUUGGUGAAGAGUUACCGGAGACGGGUCGGCGGCGCUGACGGAAACUUUGAGAUGGACAAUUUGUGCAGCAACAACCGUUUUCGGUCCACGAUGUUCAACAACCAGGACGAUGAGUUUUCAGAGUGCAGUGUAGCACCCAUUGCGAUGGAGGACAGUGACCACGAGCCCUCCUCUUCAUCAGAUGAACAGGACUCCUGCCCGUCCUCGCCUAAUCAGAUCAGGCACCAGAAUGCUGCACAGCAUCUGAGCCAUUCAGACGACUCAGAAGUGGAGAACAUAAUGCAUGAUCCUCCACAUCACGAUGGACACAGCCCAAACCACCAGCAUGGCCACGAAGCUCACGAUGCAGACGGAGAGAUGGAGGGCCAGGAUCGCCCCCUCACCCCAUCUCAUUUGCAGCUCCCCAUGGCCCUGUCAGAUUCAGGUUCAGAUACCAGCUUGUCGCAGAGCAAAAGUGUGGAGUUUGAGUUGCCACCUCCCAUCAGUCCCUCCAGACCAAGGAGCCCCUGGGCUCUGUUUGAUCCAUACAGCAAUAAUAAGGACCCAGACAAGGAAUAUGUGGGCUUUGCAACGCUGCCCAACCAGGUGCACCGCAAAUCGGUCAAGAAAGGGUUUGACUUCACCCUCAUGGUGGCUGGUGAGUCUGGCCUGGGAAAGUCCACCCUGGUCAACAGCCUGUUUCUCACAGAUCUGUACAAAGAUAGGAAGCUGCUUAACGCUGAAGAGAGGAUCACACAAACGGUUGAAAUCACCAAACACACCGUGGAUAUAGAGGAGAAAGGUGUGAAGCUAAAGCUCACCAUCGUGGACACCCCUGGAUUUGGUGACGCCGUGAACAACACUGAAUGCUGGAAGUCAGUGGCUGACUACAUCGACCAGCAGUUUGAGCAAUAUUUCAGAGACGAGAGCGGCCUCAACCGCAAGAACAUCCAGGACAACCGUGUACACUGCUGCCUUUAUUUCAUUUCCCCCUUCGGUCAUGGCCUUCGGCCUUUGGAUGUUGAAUUCAUGAGGGCUCUGCAUGAGAAGGUCAACAUCGUACCCAUUCUGGCCAAAGCCGAUACGCUCACCCCAAGUGAGGUCAAGAAGAAGAAAAUUAAGAUCAGAGAGGAGAUUGAGCAGUACGGCAUCAAGAUCUAUCAGUUCCCAGACUGCGACUCCGAUGAGGACGAAGAGUUCAAGCAGCAGGACCUGCAGCUGAAGGAGAGCAUUCCUUUUGCAGUAAUUGGCAGCAACACGGUGGUGGAGGCCAAAGGAAAGAGGGUGAGGGGUCGCCUCUACCCCUGGGGCAUCGUAGAAGUGGAAAACUCGGCUCACUGCGACUUCAUUAAGCUGAGGAACAUGCUCGUACGCACUCACAUGCAAGACCUGAAGGACGUGACCCGAGAGACUCACUACGAGAACUACAGAGCACAGUGCAUCCAGAGCAUGACCCGCAUGGUUGUAAAGGAACGCAACCGCAAUAAGCUAACCAGGGAGAGCGGCACAGACUUCCCCAUCCCCACGAGCCCCAGCGCGUCGGAGAGCGAGACGGAAAAGCUGAUCCGAGAGAAAGACGAGGAGGUACGGAACGCCGCCCAUGAACAGGAAUCGCAUCCCGACCCAGAGCACCAGUCUCAGCCGGACUCUGAGCACCAAGAGCCCUCAGAGCCUCGGCACAGCAAAGGGAUGCGCUCAGAUCAGAAAGCUGACCAAGCCCUCUGAUGUUCAUUAGAUCGUCGUUAUCGCACAGUCCCUCUGAACUAAGACUGACGUAGAGUAUUUAUACAGAUAUUUGCACUUUUAGGUGACGAGUUGUCACAGAACUGGUAUUAAAUUAUUGAGGAGAUUGAUUCUGAGCCAAACAUAGGUCAAAGGAACUUAAAUCCUCGCAGGCUAAUCGUCACAUCAGUUUUCUCAUCAGGCUAAAAUGUGCAGGAAGUUGAGUUUAGUAUAAGCAAAAUAGUCCAUGUUACACCAUGAACCCUUUCUAUAUGUUUAUUGUUCAGAGUAUCUUUUCAUCUCCCAGCUAGAUUUAGUUUGAAGUAGCAGCAUCACAGUUGGAUGGAGUAAUGUUUAAAGACAGUUUUGGUCACAAGUUUACAUACACUCAUCUCUAUGGAUGUCUUAUUAAUUGGGGCCUCUUAAUGAUAUAGUUGAGCUAUUCUUUUAUUCCCGGUGGAUUGAUGAUAUAGUUAAUAACUUCAAGGUUUUUUUAAAAAACAAAAAAUAUAAUUUGAAAACUGUACAUGCAGGCUCAAAACAUUUACUUUCACCUCAACUAAUAUUUGAUUAAAUAUGUCUUGGCAUAUUUAAUCAAUACUUUCAAACUGGUUUUGGAGUGGCUCAAACAGGCAAACAAUAAGCCUCUCAGCCUACCAGCCUUAUAGAUAACCCAUGGAUGAUGUUUAGAUGCCGGGCCGACGGCAACAAAUCCAAACAAGUCAAACGCGCUUCACCGGUUCUGAUUAUAAAGAAAGUAAUCAAAUAUCCAACUAAAACUAUUGUUGAUGGCUACAAAGAGUGAGUUUUCUCUGCAGCUUGUUGGGACCAUUUACCCAACGUUGGUGAGGGACCAUGUAUAUCUGAGUCUGUUUAAAUACUCUGCAGUUAAUUAAAACUGGUGGACACAGUGCCAUUGUAUAAUAAAUAGUUUUAUUUAUUAUGCAAGUAAAAUUGAAAGGUUUUUAUUUAUUUAUUAGGUAAUUACAAAUCCUGCCGAUGAGUGUGUGAACCUCUGACUAGAAUUACAUAUUUCUGAAUGACUUGUUUACUGAGCCAUAUUCAAAUAUGCUUUUUAAAACCUUUUAAGUAGGAAAACACAAUCUUUUAGGAGAUGGAAGUGCUGACCAUGCAAUAUUAUUUAUUAUAUUCCUAUAAAUAAAUCUGUUUUUAAAGAUCCCCUUGUUAAAAUGUUCAUUUUAGUUUUUCAGAUUUGAACUUAAGUAUUCAUUGUUUGAUAUUAAUGCAGAUGUAGAGUAAAUAUUUCAGCUGAUGAUGUGAGUUAUGCAUUUCAUCAUCCCUCUCUCUCUCUCCCCCAGUCAAUCCUGAGAAAUCAUCUUAUUUAUAUGGCAAUAAAGAGACAUUUUUUUCCCUCAUUUGUUUUUCUUU